AUGGGUCAAAGGCUCAGCCCUGGAGAUCGAUAUACUUUCAACACUACCGCCACCCCCGCACAAGAACAACACUUUCCCAAAGCUGGAGUUUGGCCGGUCUUAUUGCUGGCACUGCUAACGGGUUACACAGCAGAUCGGUCGGUUCUACCAAAGCCUGAGAAACGCUUCAAGAGACAAGAGGUCAGUCAGCAGCAGCGGCUCAACAUAUCAGCCCUAAAUACAGCCUUGGCCUUUGAACCUUACCGUGACCUGGCCACCAGAACCAUUACUGAGCCUGGGAUCCAGCUGCAGCAACAGCACAACAUCUUGUUCUCACCCUUGGGCCUUGCAUCAGCUCUGGCACUGCUGUCCAGAGCAUCCGGGUCCGAGAGCCGGAGCCAGGCCCUGGAGGCGCUGGGGCUGGCAGCCAACUCCACAGAGCAGAGCGUGGAGGCCACCAUAUCUGCUCUCACCAAUCUGUAUGACAACCUCAAUCUGCAGGAGGGAGGGGGCGGAGUUGGGGUUCAAAGGGCACAGUCUGAGGCUGGAACUGAAACAAAGGCUGGGAAUGAGGCCGCAGCAGGGGUGGAAACUGGAGGGGCAAAUGCUGGAAACAGAGCUGAUGUAGAUGAUGGAGCAGAAGAUAGGAGUGGCACGGAGGAUGGAGUUCAUGCUGGCGAUCAGUUAAGAGUGUGGAGCAGCCUACAUAUUGAUGGAAAACCCUUACUAGACUAUGAUAGUUUUUUGUCCAGGACUCGGCACACUGGACCCUUCGCAUUCAACAUCAGCUCUGAGACACUGAUGAAAGACUUGCAAUCCUCUGAGAAACUAGAACUUACCAAUUAUGUGUAUUUCAAAGGUCGUCAGCCAUUUGAGCGGCGCCACACAGUGCCACGGAGUUUCCAGCUAAACGCUACAACAAGCGUGGAGGUUGCCAUGAUGUUCAGGGGCGACUCUUCCGAGGUGAUGAUGCUGUAUGACACCAACUGCUCAGCCACAGUAGUGCGGCUGGCCCAGUCAGAACGCCUGGCCUCACUGUUCCUGCUUCCUAAAGCCGAGCUGCAGCCCCUUGAAGACUGCCUCUCUGACAGCCGCAUGAGCUUUUGGCUCAGCAACCUGAAACUGGGGCGGGCAGAAAUCCUUUUCCCUAAGUUCCAACUAAGGAAAUCUUACAGUUUAGAGAGCCUCCUGAGGAACUCUGGGGUAUCAUCCAUUUUCUCUGACUCUGCAGACUUCUCAGGGAUAUCGCAGAAGAAGAUGCUGAAACUUGUCAAGGCUCCUCAUGAGGUUAUGCUGGAGAUGGAAGAGACCAUGUCACAAGGUGGGGGGAGACCUGACAUCAUGCUGGACUUCUCUGUCCCUCCAAGAAUAACCUUUAACAGACCAUUCAUGCUCAUCAUCUAUGACAAUCUCACAGGGCUCGUCCUACUCAUAGGGAGAAUUACUGAUCCUACAGAUGUCUAGACUAGAGUGAAAGUGACACUCUGCUUUUUGCCUCUUUUUUCUUUUUCUAUUGAUACAAUAGUGUAUUCACAUACAUUAUAUCAUAGCUUUGGUUUGUUGUUUUCCAACAGUAUGGCAUAUAAUUAUGGGUAUAUAUAUAUAUAUGUAUAAAAAUGUGUCUCGCUGAACUUGCAGAGUGUAUUUUAUUUUACCUACAAUUUUUCAAACAUUGCAGGAUGAUUUUAAAAUGAUGAAAAGACAUUUAAAUGGCUGUAUUUUAUCCCUAUGACUGAAUCUCUGCUAUUCUUCCGAAACAUAAAACACUUUUCUUCCAUUA